AUGGGUAAUCAAAACACUGCAGGACGUACAUUAACCGAUUAUGAUAUUAGACUUUUUAGUCAACAAAGUCAAUUACCACCGCAUAUUGUUCAACAACUCUAUGAAGCAUUUAUGGAACGAGCUGGUAAAGAUGGACGUAUGACAGUUAGUGAAUUUAAACAAGCAUAUACGGAAAUAAAACCGAAUGCAAGUGUAUUAAAUGUAAAUAAUGAAGCAGAACAAGUUUUUGUAAUGUUCGAUAGAGAUCAUAAUGGGGUUUUAACAUUUGAUGAAUUUAUGAUGGCAUAUGUUUUGUUACAGAAAGGUAUUGAUACUCCAGUAAAUCGUUGGCAAUCUGCAAUAAAUAUAAUGCCUCCUGGUGUUAUCUCAAGACCUGGUUACGUAAAUGCUCCUGAAGCACUUCAACUUCUUCAGUCUAUGAAUCAGGUUUAUCAAAUUCCUAAUUUUGAUCCAAAUAUGCAACAGAAUUUAGUUUGGAGUCAAUUAACACCACAGUUAGAUCCUACUGGUUAUGUUCCACAAGCAGAAUUUCUUCGUGUUUUAUCGGUUCAACCUAAUAUUACACCAUAUAUUUAG